CCGUCUACGUCACAGGCCAGCGAUUCCCAAGCCUCUUGGAUCUACCACCUCAGUUGUGGAGUUCUGAUCGUCCACUUCAAAUGAAAAUAUUCUAUUUAUUAGUGUUUUUUUUCCUGUUGCUGCACCAUGGCCAGAUGUGUUCACUCCGGUGCCAUACAAAUGCGGAGUGUAAAAUGGAGAAAGGAAUUCGAGGAUGUUUCUGCAAUACAGGAUACACAGGAGAUGGUAUUAAAUUCUGUGAAGAUGACAACGAAUGCCAAAACGCCACCUACAUCUGUGGAGAUCAUGCCAACUGCACAAACACCAAUGGAAGCUAUUACUGCAUGUGUGCCCCUGGCUAUGUUUCAAGCGGCCUGGUGAGAUUUAUGACCAACGACGGGACGGAAUGUCGGGAUAUAGAUGAAUGCCUGGAAAACAAGUGUGGAGACCACGCGCGGUGUGAAAAUACUGCCGGAGGGUUCAACUGCUCGUGCCUUGAAGGUUAUCAGUCGUCCUCAGGAAGCCUAGACUUUCAGACAGACGACAGACUUACUACUUACUGUCAAGAGAACGUAAAGAUUAAAUGCCAUUUGGAUUCUAAUUGUGUAUCAGCAAACAUUAAUCAGACAAUUAUCAAGGUCAGCGCUAUCAAAGAGCCGAUUGCUUUCCUAGAAGAAAUUCAGAGGAGCACGACAAAAGAUAUUCUACCUGUGGACGUAAUUACCUACAUUGAAGUACUUGCAGCCUCCUCUCCACAACUAAGUACAUUAAAUAAGACAGCGUUGAACCCGGAAUCCUUGACAAAUGCCACCCUUACGACGUUUGUGAACACUGUGAACAACUUUGUUGAAAAGGAUAAAAUUACAGUUUGGAAAAAGCUGACAGACGAGAGUCGGAGAAAAAGCAUCACAAAACUCCUCCACACCACAGAACAAUUGGCUCUGGAUAUGUCACAGAAUUUCAAGAAAACAACCCAACUGGACGUUGAUGCCAGCGAUAUGGCUCUCAAACUGUUUACCUUUGACUCCAACCACAUGAAACACAUUCACCCGCACGCCUAUAUGGAGGGCGAUUACAUAAAGAUUUCUCCGAAGAAAAAGGAAACUUCAGCGCCUAAUGGCACAGUGAGCAUUGUGUUCCUGCGAUACGACAGCAUUGGCGCACUUCUUGCACCUCCAGAAAACCGUGCUCUGGCAGAAGAUAAUAAUUCACUGGAAUUUGGUGACCUGGUAAACUCGCCAAUUAUUGCAGCAGCAAUCAAUUCGAACCCUCCUACCUUCUACCAACUAGAAAAAGUCACAUUCACGCUGAGACAUUUAGAACUAUCCAUGGAGCCUGAAACCUCAAAAUGUGCAUUUUGGAAAUACCGCGUGGAAACUCUUCAGGGGGAAUGGUCUACUGAAGGUUGUGAAGUAGACUACGCCAAUGUUAGCCACACAUCAUGCAAGUGUAACCAUCUUACUCAUUUUGCUAUACUGAUGACAUCAUCUAGUCAUAACCAAGUGUCCAUUCAUCACAGUGUCCUGACCAGGAUCACUCAGCUGGGGAUCAUCAUCUCCCUGAUCUGUCUCUCCAUGUGUAUCUUCACAUUCUUCUUCUUUAGUGAAAUCCAGAGCACCAGGACAACCAUUCAUAAAAAUCUCUGCUGUGCUUUAUUCCUGGCGGAGCUGCUUUUCCUCGUCGGUAUCAAUAUGACCAAAAAUCAGCUUUUGUGUGCCGUCAUCGCUGGAAUGCUACAUUACUUCUUCCUUGCAGCGUUUGCCUGGAUGUGCAUUGAAGGAAUCCAUCUAUACCUCAUCGUCGUUGGUGUCAUCUAUAACCGUGGAUUUCUGCAUAAAAACUUCUACAUUUUCGGAUACUGCAGUCCGGCUGUGGUGGUUGGCAUCUCUGCUAUUCUGGGAUACAAGUACUAUGGCACGGAUAAAGUAUGUUGGCUGAGCACGGAGAACAAUUUUAUAUGGAGUUUUAUUGGACCGGCCUGUCUCAUCAUUCUUGUUAAUUUGAUGGCGUUCGGUGUGAUUAUCUACAAAGUUUUUCGGCACACUGCAAUGUUAAAACCAGAAGGUAGUUGCUAUGAAAACAUAAGGUCCUGUGCUCGGGGUGCCCUUGCCCUUCUGUUCCUCCUCGGUGCCACCUGGAUGUUUGGUGUCCUCCAUGUUGUAAAUGGCUCAUUGGUUACAGCUUACCUCUUCACCAUCGCCAAUGCCUUCCAGGGAAUGUUUAUCUUCAUCUUCCUAUGUGUGUUAUCAAAGAAGAUACAGGAAGAAUACCGCAGGCUAUUCAAGAAUGUGCCGUGUUGUCUUAUCUUUCUGAGAUAAACAGAAGGUAGAAUUUUAAUUUACAGCAAAAGUUUGUGACCGCGAAGUAAAGCAAUACCCCACAUCGCGAAGUAGAGGCGCCAUUCAAUUGCACAAUGACCAUAUCGGUAUUUUGGAUACUCAAGGUUACAGCAUGUGUCUUUUUAUUGAAUGCCCUAGACCAAUUUUUCCAAUAUUGACCCAGCAUCAAAGUUACAGUCUAAUAAAGUGUCUAAAAUAUGAGUGGUCUGUUUUCCCCUAGAGCAACCAGUUAUUGAUCAGCUGAACCUUGUGAUACUAUGUCUAGAGAAGGUUUGUAUCUUAUUGCUCAUACCAACCAGUCAGUUCCUAUCUUCCACAUUCAAGAGCAAAGCAAAGCUGGUUACUAUAAACAACAAGAGCAGUUCCUUCUUUUAGAAAUCUUAUUGUAUGUGGUUUAUUAACCUUGUGUUGACACCUCGUUGGUAAAAUGUGCCUUGUUGUCAAUAUUUUUUAAUAGGGAAAAACUCAUGAAGCCAACAUUUUGCCCCAGAAGUACUGAAAAACUUAUUUGGACCUCAGUCAUCAAAGUGUGUGAAAGAGAUUGAGUUUCUGUUGAUAGUAACCAAACAGAUCAUCAGUUGCCUUCUUGUAAAGCCUCGUACACACGACCGAGAAACUCGACGGGCGAAACACAUCGUUUUGCUCGUUGAGUUCCUUG